GUGUCGAGUUAACUACCUAGGGGAACAUGAAGUGUCUGGGGGUGAUUGUGCUAUUCGCUUUAGUAGCUAGACUUUCUGGUAAUGAGGAUGUGAAUCCAAUAGUGAAGACUCCAUUGGGGAAACUCAAGGGGUACUACAAAACGUCCUUCAAUGGCCGGCAAUUCCGGGCUUUUGAGGGGAUUCCCUACGCGAAACCGCCGGUUGGAAAACUGCGGUUUGAGCCUCCACAACAGUUUGGUAAUUGGCAGGGCACCUUAUUAGCCAUGCGUCGUGAAGCCCCAUGUCUCCAAUACUCUCAUGUACCUAUGAAUCCACCGGAGAGAGUGGAAGGUGCAGAGGAUUGCCUGUAUCUUAAUGUGUACACUCCAACUAGAGAAGAUUCAACGGAACUCCUUCCGGUGAUUUUUUACAUUCACGGAGGGGCGUUUCAAUUUGGUGAAGGCAGCGGCAAUCGUCCAGAUUACCUCAUGGACCGGGAUUUAGUGAUGGUUACUACUAACUACCGUUUAGGACCACUUGGUUUCCUCAGUACCGGGGAUGGAGUCGUACCCGGGAAUAUGGGUCUGAAGGAUCAAAAUAUGGCACUGCGAUGGGUAUUUGAAAAUAUCAAAUACUUCGGUGGUAAUCCGAAGAAGAUUACAUUGGCUGGUUUAAGCGCCGGUGGCGCAAGUGUUCAUUAUCACUACCUCAGUCCCCUGAGUCGGGGGCUCUUCCACGCCGGAAUGUCGUUCAGCGGAACGGCCCUCGAUUGUUGGACACAGACGGAGCGUUCAGUGGAGAAAGGGAAGAAGCUUGCAGACAUUCUGGGAUGUCCGACGAGGGAUAAUGAAGAGAUGGUCGAUUGUUUGAAGAGUAGACCGGCGAAGAGUAUUGUUCAAUUAGUUGGCAAUUUUAUGCCAUGGUUAUUUAAUCCUUACACACCAUUCGGCCCAGUCGUUGAGAAAAAAUCCAGCCACUCGUUCAUACACCGAUCACCAAUUGAUAUCAUCACGAAUGGUGAGGCUGCUGAUGUCCCGUGGUUGACAACUGUGACUUCAGAGGAAGGACUUUAUCCGGCAGCUGAAUUUGUCGCUAACCCAGAAUACAUGGAACAGUUAGAUCAGAAUUGGGAUCUGAUUGCACCGUAUCUACUCGACUACAACUACACUAUUCCCAAAUCGGAGCAUGCGAAUGUCGCAGAGAAGAUCAGACAACAUUAUUUGGAUGCUAAACAGAUUAACAGAGAGACUGCCAAGCCGCUUAUCCAUAUGAUCGGUGAUAGACUGUUCGUCGUGGACGGCGAGAAAGCAGCUAGGGAAAUGGCCAAAGCCAAUCGCAGUCCAGUUUGGUUCUAUUUCUACAGUUAUCGAGGGGAAUUCAGUCUCAGUGAUGACUACAUCCGUACGAAGGACGGUUUCGGUGUCUCGCACGGCGAUGACGUUUUCACCGUAAUUCGUCGUGAUCACGAGCCCUGGGUGACCGGCAAAUCCCUCAACGUCCAGAACACGUUGUUAGACAUUUGGACAUCAUUCGCCACGAAUGGAUCACCCAGAAUCGGCGUCAAAUGGCCACAAUUGAAUCCAUACGAAGAGUCCCUCAAGUAUCUUCACAUCUCUGGCCCCCAGAAACUGCAAAUCGAGGAGAAUUCAAACCUCGGAGAUAAGAAAUUCUGGGAAUCCAUUGAUUUUGACGAAAACAUACCCACUGACGGAUUUGGUAAAUCCCGAGAUGAAUUUUAACGCCAAUGCCAAUGACAAUUUUGCUCCGUUUGUAAUCCCAAAGAUGUAUAAUUCGUCAAGCAUGUCAAGAUUGGAAAAAACGUUGAUGCCUUUGAGUAAUCCUUUUAUAUGUAAUAGCAUGUUAUUUUGUUUAUGGACAGCAAUUUGUCGCGGUAACAUUCCGACUUAUGUAUUUUUUGUGGUCAAAUGCACCUCGAUUAUUCAAUUACUGAAAAUAAACCGUUAACGAGCCAUUAAUUGUGAAAUGCCAUUCAGGAGAUUACGGAGAUUGUUGAACUCCACUCAACCGGACGAAACAGGUGGUCCACCUUCGGAAUUUGAUGGAUGAUGACGAACUUUGAAUGGGAAAGCGGAGAAAAAAAAUGGAGCUGUAAUUUUAUCUAUUCUAUAAAUAAAAAAUAAUCUUUAAAUCUUA